CCUACACUAGCAUCCCCCCAAAUUAGCAUUUCCUCUAACCUCUUUCUCUUCUCUAAUCUCACUCGCACAGUCUUUCUCCCUCAGAUCUAAUCUCUCCCUCUCUCUCUCUGUCUCUCGAUUUUUGAUUCUUCACAUUUUAGCAAUGGCGGUAGCACCUUCACCACGCGAGGAGAACGUGUACAUGGCUAAGCUGGCGGAGCAGGCCGAGCGGUACGAGGAGAUGGUUGAGUUCAUGGAGAAGGUGUCGGCAUCGGUCGACAACGAGGAGCUGACCGUUGAGGAGAGGAAUCUUCUCUCUGUUGCUUACAAGAACGUGAUCGGUGCUCGUAGGGCUUCCUGGCGCAUCAUCUCAUCCAUCGAGCAGAAGGAGGAGAGCAGGGGCAACGAGGACCAUGUCUCUACUAUUCGAGACUACAGAUCCAAGAUCGAGAAUGAGCUAUCCAACAUCUGCGAUGGCAUACUCAAGCUCCUUGACACCAGGCUCAUCCCAUCCGCCUCUUCUGGUGAUUCCAAGGUCUUCUAUCUCAAGAUGAAGGGAGACUACCACAGGUACCUCGCUGAGUUCAAGACUGGUGCUGAGCGCAAGGAGGCGGCCGAGAGCACCCUCACUGCCUACAAAGCUGCUCAGGAUAUUGCAAAUGCCGAACUGGCUCCAACUCACCCGAUCCGUUUGGGACUGGCUCUGAACUUCUCUGUCUUCUACUAUGAGAUUCUGAAUUCUCCUGACCGUGCCUGCAAUCUGGCCAAGCAGGCUUUUGACGAAGCUAUUGCCGAAUUGGAUACCUUGGGUGAGGAAUCAUACAAGGAUAGCACUUUGAUCAUGCAGCUUCUGCGUGACAAUCUUACCCUAUGGACCUCUGAUAUGCAGGAUGAUGGAGCUGAUGAGAUUAAAGAAGCACCCAAGCGCGAUGAAGAUCAGCAGUGAUGCAACUCAAUCAACUGCAAAACUUCUCCUUAAUAUGUUUUUAAUGGGAGAAGGUGCUUGUUUGCCAAUUUAUCUACUAUUUUUAGCCAUUCUUGUUUGGUUAUGAAUCAAUGGAUGUACUGAGCCAGCUUUCUUUUUCUAGUUUGUUUUAUCAAUUUAAGUGUUUCUGAAUGAGCCUUCAUUUGUGAUGAUAUCCAAGCUGUUGCAUUGGGCAUUGAAUUCCUCUAAUUCAAUUAGCCAGCUACCUAGCCUUUU